AUGAGCCGCGAAAAAACUAAGGCCGCCCAAUAUAUCCAGCAGCUAGACGACGCCCGCUGCGAGGGGAAUUGGGAAGCCGUGCCGGAGUUGGUGAGGAAGGUCAGGAAACAUGCGCCUCAGCGGGCCUGCCUGGCAUUGACCGCAGAAUCCGAAUAUGAAGUUACCCAAGCCUCUCAUCACCUAAGUACCGCCCGACCUAAUACCUCUGCAACUGGCGGCUCUUCCCAAUCUCCGAGCUUUUCUCGUCACAUACCAUUGCUGUUAGAGGCUAUCGAGCAGGAGAAGACGUUUCUGGAGGAUGGAUUCCAGGCGCAAGUUUGUCUGGGCUGGUUACAUUGGCAAUUGGGGGAGCUGUCACUAGCAGCUGCGAGACUUCCGAAGAAUAUUGAGCAGAAGUUUUCGCAGUUUGAUGGUACCAACCAGGAAUCCGGAGAAUGGACGAAAGUAUGUGCUCUGAAGGCAUCUUAUAUUAAAGGACAGUCCCAGGGGAGAGGAGGUGCUAUUAUGGAUGCGCUGGACACUUUCGAAUCGGGGCUUCCGUUACUGUGGAGCGUUUUUUCCUGCCCAAAGCAAGGAAAGGAACUUCGACUAUGGACAGAAUUAUACUUGACAGGGUUCUGCGUCCUGUCCAGCCAGGCUGUCAAGUCGAAGGUCUCGUCCCUCUUGGAGACCGAGACACUAUCUGCAUUCAGGGCAUGGGCAAGAUUUUGGGAGAUUCAAGGCUCGGUACCCACAGGGGGCCAGGCACCGCAAGCUGAAGUCUCUCGAAGGCUGGUUUGGAAGGAAUACUACAUCACAAUUUCGGAUCUGCUGGAGCAGGACUUGCCGUUUCCAACCACAGCCCUCACAACUGCCUAUGUUGAAACUUCUACAAGACUCCAGCAAAGAGCCGAGUUGAAAGGAGUGGAGGCAAAAUAUGAGACACUGCUACUGAGCGAGGUCCAGUUCCCCAAAGCUGAUGAGGCUGGAGAAGAGGUCGAGACCUUCGUAGAAAUAGCUAUGCAGAAUUGGCGCAUCCUAUGUGGCAGUGGCUGGAGGGAGCAUGAUCUUGGGGAGGGGGGCGCCGAAGCGGUUAGUAGAGGUGUCCUGGACAUUCUCUACCGGGCUGCAACCAAGACAUUCCACUCCACGGCAAUUUUACGCCAUCUUUUUACCGUUCAUCUUGCUGUGGCAGAAUUUGACCUGGCUUUCAAAGCAUUCGAUACGUAUCUCGAUAUUGUCAAGAAAGGCAAGGCUCGGGUCGAGAAGACUGGGGAGCCGGAGCAUGGACUUGAUGACGACGAGACCGUACUGAAGGCAAUGUCUGAAUGUAUCAAGGCGUUGUGUCGAUACGGCUCACAUGACGGUGCAGAGAAGGCAAAGGAACUUGGCCAAUUCUUUGAAGGUUGGUUGGAUAAACACCACCCGAUUGAUCAACGGCAUGGCCAUGACCAUAUACUCGAGAACCGAGAAACCGCGGAACCGAGCAAUCCUGUCUCACCGAGAAUCUUUGCAUUAGCAUGGCGCUCCAUUGGAAUCUCUUAUGCUCAAUGGGCACGAUUCACCUAUGAAGCACCAUCCAGAUCUGACAUUCAAUUGCAUGCGAUCAGAUGUCUUCGUAACGCUCUUCUUCCACAGUAUGAGAGUACGGCAGAUGUUGAGACCCUGUUCGCUUUAGGCACCAUUCUAGCUGAGCGGAGAGAACUGCCAGCUGCUAUCGAAGUGGUCAAAACUGGUUUAAUGCGACGCUCAUCCACCGACGCCGCGAAUUUUCUGGGCCCGCAUCCCGGACGCUUCGCCAGAGAGCGAUCAUUGAUACCACUAUGGCAUCUUAUGGCUUUACUGCUCAGUGCUCGGCAUGAAUUUGCCACCGCUGCGAGGUCUUGUGAGGGUGCAUUUGAACAGUUCCAAGACUCAAAAUCUCUUUUCGGCGAACCAAAUCUCAACGGCACGUAUAGGAGUGCUCAUUUGAACGAAAAUUCAAGUUCAAGUCAGCAGGGUGUUGUCGAUGACAUGGAUGAUUUCGAAAAAGAGGGCAUUCUGGAGGUGAAAUUAACCCAACUCGCAAUUAUUGAAGUGCUUGAAGGCCCGGAGGUUGCAGUAAACGCCAGCGAUGAGCUUCUGAGUUUGUUCACCAGGCUUUUUGGUGAUCCCUCGAAAGAUUCGGCGCCUUUGGCCUUACCUACUACAGCCUUGGUGGCACCUCAAACUCAUGCUGGGACAAUCAGAAGUGGUAGAGGCAGUAUUUUCGGGCGAUCACUUCGAAAGACACAGAUAAGUGCAUCGGCGAUCAACGAGACACCUGGCUCCCUUCCGAGGCCACAAACCACCCAUACGAUUGGAGGCAUUGCCCCGACAAUCCAGGUCACUAAUGCCACCGGUAGUGCAGCGAAGCAACACAACGAGAAGCUGAAAAAGCGGAGCGAUAGUCUUUCGAAAAAAACCGUGACGAAUAGAACCAGGAGCAUCAGCAAAGCGAGCAGGCGAGAUGGUAGUGGGGCGAAUGUCUAUGGCGCUGUAGACGACGAGAACAUUUUCGGCCCUCCAGCGGAUUCCCAAGUACACGACCAAACGUUUUCUAGAGAAGGACAAGGAAAAUUCGGACGUGCUACUUCUAUAAAAAGCUCAAAUAAAUCGAGUAACCCACGACAAUCGCCUCCUAAUGCGCAUCAGAUAACACAAAUAGAGCCAUCACUGCAAGCCGCCCAUACAACCCAGGGCUUUUCACAAGGUGUUCGCCUAUCAAAGGCAUCUCCUUACGCAUUUUCGACGACGCCCGUGACCCGGUUCUCGAAGAACCAGGAGAGAAGACGCAGAAUAGCCAUUUUGGUGAAGGUCUGGCUUCUCAUUAGCGGAUUUUACCGUCGUGCAUCAAUGUAUGAAGAUUCAAAAGGAGCCCUCGAGGAAGCUGAGAAUCUGGUUCGACAGGCCGAAGCAGAUGUGUCAAAUGACACGACAGGCAGCUUUUCUAUAAGCCAAGCAGGAUGGGGAGGUGGCAAAAGUAUAAAGCAACUUUGGGGUGAUGUCUUCGCUGAGCGCGGCUAUCUGGCUCUUGCAGAAAGCGAUCCGUACAGUGCACUCGCGCUUUUCGAAACUGCCCUCACACACUUCGCAGAUCACCCUUCGGCCAUUGUGGGCCUAUCCAACAUUCUUCUGGAUAUCUACACCGAAGAUCUUCUUCCGCCACCUGCUAUUCCAAGUCUUGUUCUUCCGGGCCCUUUGGACAUACCUUCCUCCUCCACCCUCAAUACCUCAUCCAUAUCCUCGACCCCAUUGACGACUCAGCCACCUCCUCACAAACAUUCAUCUACCCUUCCCUCACGCCCAAGUGGACCCCUAGGUCUUUCUCCCGCAAGGCCUGUGACAAACCCCACCGAUAGCCACAUAGAAGCUGCUACCCCCGAUCCCAUCUCAUCUGGCCUAGUUCAGCGCGGCUACAGAGAAGCGUCCACUGCUCUCCUAGACCGUCUUGCAGCCCGCGACAGAGCCUAUGGGCUCCUUACUGCUUUGACAAAACUCGGUACGGGAUGGAACUACAGUGAAGCCUGGUUCGCUCUUUCUCGAGCCUACGAGGAAGGUGGCCAGCCCGACAAAGCCCGAGAAGUUCUCUGGUGGUGUGUAGAACUUGAGGAAGGGAGGGGAGUCAGAGAUUGGGCUAUUGCUGGUGGAGCAGGAUAUGUUCUGUAA